AAAGUCGAAAAUGAACCAAUUUUGGAGUUUAGACCAGGAAGUGCGGAAAGAAAGGCUGUAGAAGAGGCAGUGCGUGAAAUGAAAGCAAAAACGGAGGAAAUCCCAUGCAUCGUUAAUGGUGAAGAAAUCUAUACCGGAAAUACCAAAUAUCAAGUUUCGCCUUUCGAACAUUCCUGCAAAAUCGCCAGAUUUCAUUUAGCUGAUGAGGCUCUUAUUAACAAAGCAAUAAAAAAUUCUAUGGAGGUUCGCGUAGAAUGGGAAAGGACUCCAUUUGAGCAUAGAGCAUCAAUCCUUCUCAAGGCAGCAGAUUUAAUUAGUACAUGCUAUCGUGGCAAGAUAUUAGCUUCUACAAUGCUUGGACAGGCCAAGAAUAUCCAACAAGCAGAAAUUGACGCUACUUGUGAAUUAAUUGACUUCUUCCGGUUUAACGUGAAGUAUGCCAAGGAGAUUUAUCAAAGUCAGCCUGAUCAUCCAGUUGCCAAGCAUACUUUGAACGCUUUAUCGUAUCGAGGACUUGAGGGAUUUGUUGCAGCAAUUUCCCCAUUUAAUUUUACAGCUAUUGGUGCUAACUUAUGUACCGCACCAGCUUUGAUGGGCAAUGUUGUGGUCUGGAAGCCUUCGGAUACUGCCAUGCUAUCAAACUAUUUCGUAUAUAAGAUCCUUCAAGAAUGCGGAUUGCCUGAUGGUGUUAUCAAUUUCGUACCUGCAGAUGGUCCUACUUUUGGAGAUACUGUAGUCAAAUCCAAAGAUCUUGCAGCUAUCAACUUUACAGGAAGCGUUCCGACCUUCCGACGUUUAUGGAAGCAGGUUGCUGAAAAUCUAGAAACUUAUAGGAAUUUUCCAAGACUUAUUGGUGAAUGUGGUGGCAAAAAUUACCAUUUCGUUCAUUCAAGUGCAAAUAUAGACAGUGUCAUUAACGGCACAAUUCGUUCUGCGUUUGAAUAUGGCGGACAAAAAUGUUCUGCGUGUUCAAGGAUGUAUGUCCCAGAUAGCAAGUGGGAUGAAAUAAAAUCUAAAUUGCUUCAAGAAUGUAAAGGAGUUAAAGUUGGUCCCGCUGAUGAGUUUGCAACCUUUGUUUCAGCAGUUAUUGAUGAUAAGGCAUUUGAUCGUAUCAAGGGAUACAUUGAUCAUGCUAAGAGUAGCCCAAAUUUGGAAAUCAUUUAUGGUGGUAGCUAUGAUAAUAGUAAGGGAUACUAUAUUAACCCAACUGUAGUUGUGACGAAGGAUCCUCAUGACAAAAUUAUUAAAGAGGAAAUAUUUGGGCCCGUCUUAACAAUAUAUGUAUAUCCUGAUGACAAGAUUGAAGAAACACUAAAACUGGUUAGCGACUCUACAGCAUUCGCUCUAACUGGAGCUAUAUACGGCGAAGAUAGAAAAUUCGUUCAAAAAGCCAUGGCUGCUCUAAGAGAUUCUGCUGGAAAUUUUUACAUAAAUGACAAGUCGACUGGGUCCGUGGUCGGUCAACAACCUUUCGGUGGUAGCCGUCUUUCUGGUACAAAUGAUAAAGCCGGCAUGAGCACUUACCUUUUGAAAUGGGCCUCACCCCAAUCAAUUAAGGAAUCAUUGGUGCCCUUACGCUCUAUAAAAUAUCCUUCCAAUGAACCUUAA